CAGAGGUUUUCCUGAAGGAAAAGCUAAUGGAAGGACUCCAGAAGAGUGACAGCUUGACGUAAAUAACCAUGAACAAAGCGGCAUUAACAACUUAGUCGCUCAGGUUCGUUAAGGAAAAACAAAUCACCAUGAACCAGGACCUGCACGGGGUGUGCGAUGCGAACGUCAUUGCAGAAGAAAAUACACAGGAUUUUGAGCACUGCAGUACUUUUGGCGAGUGCGACUCUACCAUGACCGACAUCUCCUACUCUAAUGUCACUACCAGUCGAUCACUGUCGGAGUACUAUUUGGCGGAGGACGAUUCGGAUCAGAGUUUUCUCGCGCUGCGAUCUUCGUCAACGCCGCACUUGUGCGCAGACCCCGGAGCGAGGCGUCUCCGCUUGUCGGAUUUCAUUCACCUCAACUGCGAUGACCUCUCGCCGGAUCUGUUGUAUCUGGACCAGUGGGAUCUGAAAGCUGCAAAAUCUUGUCUCUUGUCACCAUGGUUGGAAAAAUCUGGAAGUUGCAUUUCG